AUGGCAAGAGGCGGAAAUCGUCGAAGAAAUAAUUCAGUUAUUUCUACUAAGAAACUAGAACCUUCUAAUGAACUGGCAAAGGUUCUUGAAGUACCUCAGAAAAGAAAGCAAAAGGCAGAAAUACCCAGUACUAAUGGGAAUGGUGUGAUGAAGAAUGAUGUUAAGAAGCGCAAACUAGAUAAUGAACUCGAUGAAUCACAAGAGCAUUUGGCACAGUUAAUAACAGACUUCAAUUUAUCUGUGAACGAAUUAUUUCAACUUAAAGAAUAUAAAACAAUAGCAUAUUGGAAUCCGGAUGAUUUUUCUCGUGCCUCUUCGACGUCUCAGAUGCCUGAAAUAUUUGAUUUAUUCUCGAAAGAACCCAAAUAUCAGUUAACCUGGGGAGAUGAUUCUAAUGAACAAGACUUGAGUAAUAUUCCAUUGCGACUUCAAAAAAAGAUAAUAAACGAAAGAGAGCAGAAACUUUUGGAGAAAUUUCCUUUUAAAGAGAAAGUAUUGAAAAGAAGUAGAGAUCUUGAAAUUGAAUUGUUACAAAGUAUUAAACACUCAAAUAAGGCCCCAGAGAAGGCUCAUAAAAAACAUGCGCCACCGCUGAAGUCCCUUAAGGUCUUAAAGGAAAGUCAAAAGCCUAUUAAGAAGAAGCAAGCUGUAAAACAGGAAGCCGAGAGUACUCAAGAUAAUCGAGAUCAAGAAUAUACAAGUGAUAUGGAGGUGGGGACACACUAUAAAGUUAAAGCUGUAAAAUAUUCAAUUCCUCCCCCAAUAGUAACUCAUCCUUCUCAUAUCCCAUCUUGGGUUCCUGAUCCAAGUCAUAACGAAUCAUCAUUAAAUUCUAAGGAUAGCGAAAUUAUAGAUUAUCACCCAGACCCAAUACAAUUUAUAUCAAACUCAACAACAACAUAUACUAAACCAAACAUCCAGACAAAGAUUCAAACCUUUCUUGCAAAUUAUAAGUCUGCAAUAAUAGAUGAAGCUAAUUCUGGUGACUUCAAUAAUACACCACAGGAAUAUGAGAGGAUCAUGAGCCAACAAGAACAAUUUAUAAGGAAGCUAUAUGAAAAAACAUCCAUCGAAAAACGUCUUGAACUAAAUGGGGAUAAAAUAGAAAGAAGGAAAACUGUCUUACCACACAGCUCGAAUACUAAGCAAGCAGUGGAUCCAUUCAGAUCCCAUGGAGCUAUUAUUCCAAAAACACAAGGUAUCACUAUUCACUCUACUCAUCAUGAUUACUUCUUGAGUCACGGUAUGGCAUUUUCAAGAAUACAUCUGCAAAUGCGUAGACAGCAUCAGUUAAGAACAAAAAAAAUUGCGCAAAUGAUAGAACAGCAUUUCAAGAAGAAGAAGGGUGAAAAGGAAAGAUUAGCAAAGGAAAAAGAACAGAAUCUUAAAAGAAUUAGUAAAAUGGCAGUUCAAGCAGUCAAGAAGAGAUGGAUUCAAGCUAGUAAAGUAUAUCGUUUCUUACAAUUACAGAAAGAAGAAGAAUUGAAAAAAAUAAAAGGCAGAGAGCACUUAAGUCAAAUGUUGGAACAUUCUACACAGUUAUUAGAAGCACAAUUUAAUAAGUCAUCUAGAGAUAUCAGUGAGGUAGAUACUGAAAAUGAAAAUAAUGAUUCUGAAUCUGAUGAUCACUUAAGUUCCAGCUCAGAUGAAAAUUCUAAUUCGGCUGAAAAUACCAGAGAUAACGUAAAUAUGGACGAGAAUGAUAUGCAAUUGACUGUUGAAGAACUUAGAGCAAAAUAUGCAGAUAUUGACCAGUCUAUUGAACCAUCGUCAAAAACUGUCUCAUCUAAUUCUUCCGACAAAGAAUCAGAUAGUGAUGAUGAGGAUAUCGAUGUUGAUAAGGGCCUUGUUGCAUUGUAUGGUGACAAACCUGUUCCUUUAAACUCUUCUUCAAACUUAGCUUCUAUGGAUUACACUAAUGAACAAAAGGCUCUAAUUGAAAAGUUUUCUAAAGAAGAUGAAGGAAUUAGUUCGGAAUCUGCAUCAGAUGAUAGCUUGGAUGAUGAUUCAAGUAGCGAAAGUGAUGAAGACAGUGAUAUUGAUGGCUCCGAUCAAAGACACCAGGACACUGCAAAAUCCACUGGCUUGGCUGCGCUACUUGGCAAUGGGCCUAUGGAUGACGAUGACGAAUCCAAUGAGGAUGUAAGUGCUGAAAGCGAUGGAGACAUUUCGAGCGAUGAAAAUAUGUCAACAACUGAUGAAGAAGAUGAGCCAAAAACACCUAAAUCUUCUGAAGAUGCGAAGAUAGAUGAGAAAGACAAUGAGCUGGACAUUGUGGAAGAAGAAAUCAACGGCUCGAAAGUAAGGGAUGUUCCACUUCCACCAUUGUUAAGAGGUACCUUAAGACCGUAUCAGAAGCAAGGUUUGAAUUGGCUAGCAAGUUUAUACAAUAAUGGUACAAAUGGUAUCUUGGCCGAUGAAAUGGGUCUUGGUAAAACUAUUCAAACUAUAUCAUUGUUAGCUUAUUUGGCUGCAGAGCAUCAUAUUUGGGGGCCCCAUUUAAUUGUUGUUCCUACAUCAGUUAUGCUUAACUGGGAAAUGGAAUUCAAGAAAUUUGCUCCUGGUUUUAAAGUUUUAACGUACUAUGGAUCUCCACAACAAAGAGCUCAAAAAAGAAAAGGGUGGAAUAAACCAAAUGCGUUUCAUGUAUGUAUCACUUCAUAUCAAUUAGUUGUUCAUGAUCAUCAAUCUUUUAAAAGGAGAAGAUGGAGAUACAUGAUUUUAGAUGAAGCACAUAAUAUCAAAAACUUUAGAUCUGCUCGUUGGAGAGCUUUAUUGAAUUUUAAUACUGAAAAUAGAUUAUUAUUGACCGGUACUCCAUUACAAAACAACCUUAUGGAAUUGUGGUCUUUAUUAUACUUUUUAAUGCCGUCUUCGAAAGUCAAUCAGGCUAUGCCUGAUGGGUUUGCAAAUUUGGAAGAUUUUCAAACUUGGUUUGGAAGGCCUGUUGAUAAAAUAUUAGAGAAGACGUCAGAUGGGACUAGUUCAGAUGUAAUUGACGAGAAUGAUAAAGCUACCCAAAGGAUGGAUGAAGAAACAAAAAACACUGUAGCCAGGCUACACCAAGUGUUAAGACCUUAUUUAUUACGGCGUUUAAAAAAAGAUGUUGAAAAGCAAAUGCCAGGUAAAUAUGAGCACAUUGUCUAUUGUCGUCUCUCUAAGAGGCAAAGAUACCUAUAUGAUGACUUUAUGUCUAGAGCUCAGACCAAAGAAACGUUAGCUUCAGGAAAUUUUUUGUCCAUCAUCAAUUGUUUGAUGCAGUUGAGAAAAGUCUGUAAUCAUCCUGAUUUAUUUGAGGUUCGACCAAUAGUUACAUCCCUUGCUAUGCCCAGAUGUGUAGCAAACUCAUUUUCAUCUACUGAUUCGACUGUGAGGAAAUACUUAAAUGAUGAUAGUUUCAAGGAGCAGAUUUCUUUCAAGACUUUAAAUUUGGAUAUUACAAGCAUUGAUCAGUCCAAUUAUUUUACAUCUCGUUCCAUCAGUAAAUUGAAAUCUUCCAAAGAAUUAGAUAAACAAGCCGAUAAAUUGAACGAAUUAAUAUCAGCAUCGAAGUACGAUGAACCAAAUUUGGACAACUUUUUGGAAUAUUAUAAAUUUAUUAAAACAAAUGAGCAAGUGGGUAUUAGAGAUAAUCUCAGACAUGCUUCAUAUUUGAAUAGCUUGAGAUGUGACAGAAUUCCUCUACUUGGUGAAUCUAUUAUCAAGUUUAUUCAAACGGCAACUCAGCCAAAACAACCAAUUACAGAUGCUUAUAAUGAAAUUGCUCUUUCAAUACCCAAAAGAGUGGAAGUUAUGGAUGAAAUAAUAGAAAAAUAUUCAGUACUCACGCCAAGUGUUGUUACAUUGGAUAUGAAGGAUCAAAUAAUUCCUGUGUCAACACAACGUACAAUUAUGAAUGAAGUUGCGAAUAGCAAUAUUGAUAAUCCAUUUCAUAAAUCCCAAGUAAAACUAUCAAUUGCAUUCCCUGAUAAAUCAUUGUUACAAUUCGAUUGCGGUAAAUUGCAAAAGUUAGCAACAUUAUUGCAAGACUUGACUGCUAAUGGGCAUAGAGCUUUGAUCUUUACACAGAUGACAAAAGUUUUGGAUAUAUUAGAGCAAUUCUUAAACAUACAUGGUUAUAGAUAUAUGAGACUUGAUGGGGCUACCAAAAUUGAAGACCGUCAACUUUUGACUGAAAAAUUCAACAGAGACUCGAAAAUUCCAGUUUUUAUUCUAUCUACCAGAUCUGGUGGUUUAGGUAUCAACUUGACAGGUGCGGAUACGGUUAUUUUCUACGACUCUGAUUGGAACCCUGCCAUGGACAAGCAAUGUCAAGAUCGUUGUCACAGAAUCGGUCAGAGUAGAGACGUCCACAUUUACAGAUUUGUUUCUGAGUACACUAUCGAAUCCAAUAUCUUACGUAAAGCAAACCAAAAAAGACAAUUGGACAAUGUGGUUAUCCAAGAAGGUGAAUUCACGACUGAUUACUUUGGUAAAUUCUCGGUUAAAGAUUUGGUCAAUGAUGCGGAAGUAGCAGAUAUUCCCGACAAGCCACUUGAAUCAACCUAUGGUAACGUGGAAAACGUAUUGGCUCAAGCUGAAGAUGAAGAUGAUAGAGUAGCCGCAAACGCAGCUAUGAAGGAAGUGGCUAUUGACGAUGAAGACUUCGACGAGGAAUCAAAGGCUGCCACUAACACGGCAACUCCGUCCCAGACACCUGGCCCAGAUGCUACUGGCCCUGGGGGUAUUGAUUCUACAGUAAAGAUUAACAGUAAGACAGAUGGCUUAGAAGAUGUGGAUUACGAAGAUGGGGUUAACCAUGUCGAUGAAUACAUGUUAAGAUUUAUCGCUAACGGUUAUUAUUGGGACUGA